AUGGCUGCGCGCCUACUCCAGGCCUCCCGGCAACGCCGAACGGAAGCCAUGACGCCCGCCGCGGGUUCGGCGGGCCGCGCCGCGGUGCCCCUGCUGCUGUGCGCGCUGCUGGUACCCGGCGGCGCGUACGUGCUGGACGACUCCGACGGGCUGGGCCGGGAGUUCGAUGGCAUCGGCGCGGUCAGCGGCGGCGGGGCAACCUCCCGACUUCUAGUAAAUUACCCGGAGCCCUAUCGUUCUCAAAUAUUGGAUUAUCUCUUUAAGCCAAACUUCGGUGCCUCGCUGCAUAUUCUAAAAGUGGAGAUAGGCGGUGAUGGGCAGACAACAGAUGGCACUGAACCCUCCCACAUGCACUAUGCAUUAGACGAAAACUAUUUCCGAGGAUAUGAGUGGUGGUUAAUGAAGGAAGCUAAGAAGCGGAACCCUAAUAUUAUACUCAUGGGGUUGCCGUGGUCAUUCCCUGGAUGGCUGGGAAAAGGUUUCAACUGGCCUUACGUCAGUCUUCAGCUGACUGCCUACUAUGUCAUGACCUGGAUUGUGGGCGCCAAGCAUUAUCAUGAUUUGGACAUUGAUUAUAUUGGGAUUUGGAAUGAGAGGUCAUUUGACAUCAGUUAUAUCAAGGUGUUAAGAAGGAUGCUGAACUAUCAAGGUCUCAAUCAAGUGAAAAUCAUAGCAAGUGACAAUCUCUGGGAGCCCAUUUCUGCUUCUAUGUUGCUCGACCCUGAGCUCUUGAAGGUGAUUGAUGUUAUAGGAGCUCAUUAUCCUGGGACCCGUACAAUGAAGGACGCGAGGUUGACCAAGAAGAAGCUUUGGUCGUCUGAGGAUUUUAGCACUUUAAAUAACGAUGUGGGUGCAGGCUGCUUGGGUCGCAUACUGAAUCAGAAUUAUAUCAAUGGCUACAUGACCGCCACAAUUGCUUGGAAUUUGGUGGCGAGUUACUAUGAACAGUUGCCUUACGGACGAUGUGGAUUGAUGACCGCUCAGGAACCGUGGAGUGGACACUAUGAGGUAGAGCCUCCUGUCUGGGUGGCAGCUCAUACCACUCAGUUUACUCAACCAGGCUGGUAUUACCUGAAGACAGUUGGUCACUUAGAGAAAGGAGGAAGCUACGUGGCUCUGACUGAUGGCUUAGGUAACCUCACCAUCAUCGUUGAAACUAUGAGCCACAAACAUUCUAUGUGUAUACGGCCGUUUCUGCCUUAUUUCAAUGUGUCACACCAGUUUGCUACCUUCCUUCUUAAGGGCUCUUUUAGUGAAAUACCAGAGCUACAGGUGUGGUAUACCAGACUUGGAAAACCAUCUAAGAGAUUUCUUUUUAAACAACUGGAUUCUCUAUGGCUUCUCGACAGUGGUGGUGCUUUCACGCUGGAGCUGCAGGAAGACGAGCUCUUCACACUCACCACUCUCACCACCGGCGGCAAGGGCAGCUACCCGCAGCCUCCAGAGUCCCAGCCAUUCCCACAAGUGUAUACAGAUGACUUCGAUGUUGAUUACCCAUUUUUUAGUGAAGCUCCGAAUUUUGCUGAUCAGACCGGUGUCUUUGAGUACUUUACAAAUAUUGAAGACCCUGGAGAGCACCGCUUCACACUGCGCCAAGUUCUCAACCAGCGGCCCAUUACUUGGGCUGCUGAUGCUUACAACACGAUCAGUAUUAUAGGAGAUUACAAAUGGUCCAAUCUGACUGUAAAGUGUGAUGUUUACAUAGAGACUCCUGAGAAGGGAGGCGUGUUCAUUGCCGGAAGAGUAAAUAAAGGUGGUAUCUUGAUUAGAAGUGCCAGAGGAGUUUUCUUUUGGAUUUUUGCAAAUGGAACCUACAGAGUUACAGGUGACCUAGCUGGAUGGAUCAUAUAUGCUUUAGGACAUGUUGACGUUACAGCGAAAAGAUGGUAUACACUCACAUUAAUUAUUAAG